GCCAGCUGCGAAGCCGUUGGAAAAGCGUUCUCGGGCUGGUCGGUCGCUCACAUGUUCUUCGCGGUGUCGCUCGUUCGAAGGAGGCGUAGCGGGUGCGUGUGCCGCGGCCCGUCGCUUUCCAUUUCUUUCGUGGUUCGCGCGCUUGUGUGCAGUGUUGCUUCCGCGUGAGCUCGCGCGAUUAGGUCGUGCUCCUGUUCCACGCGGCCGAAUCGAAGCCCGCGGCGACCACUUCCGCCAGCGUCGAUCGUCCCACCAAGCCGCAUCGUCGGUUCCUUCGGCGGCGCCUUUAUGCCUGCCCCGAGCUCGACAAAAUGAAGGACCAGGCGGGCCCUUCGGACUCCUGGGUGUCCGGCGUCAAAUUGGGCAUCGUCAGGCUGGGCCGUGCCGCCGGAAAGAUUAAGUAUACUCUGCUGGAUGAGCGGGACAUCACACUGGUCCACGAGUACUCUUUUGAGGCUCGUGUGGAGGUGGACAAGGAUGGCAAUGGGGCCCAGAUAUUUGCCUACGCAUACGAGAUGAACCAGGGAAAGAGCACUGGGCAGUACCUGCACCAGCUGCUUUGGGAGCGGCACUUUGGCGGAGUGGCUCCUGGGUUCCGGGUGGCACACCUGAACGGGGUCACCAUGGACAACCGGCUGGAAAACCUGGCACUGGAGCGGAUAUGCCUGCCCUCUGCACCCCAUGUGGCCGACAUACACAUGCCAGCUGCCCCCUCCUCGUCGCUGGCAGCAGAGUCCCAGCCCAACAAGCAGCGCGAGCAGUCCCUCUACUGGGCUGCCAUCCAGCAACUACCACCGGAGCACCUGGUCGAAGAGCUUGCAGAUGCUGCCGUCACCAAGUAUUACAAUGCCAACGGCGAAGUGAUUGAGGAAGAUGAGGAGGGUGGCUGCUACUACGAGUGCCACUAUCCGCCUUGCAGCAGCCUGGAGCGGGAGCCCCGCGAGUUCAGCAUCUGUGGCCGCUGCCAAGCAGCCCGCUACUGUGGCCUCUUCUGCCAGCAGCGCGACUGGCCGUUGCACAAGCGCCACUGCCGCCCCCGUCUCCGAGCGCAUCGUGAGAAACCCCCCGAGCGAUGACUUGGACUCAUCGUUUCCAUGUUAAUCCGGGGCGGCCCGUCAUUCGAGCUCUGCACCGCUUUUCCACAUUGGGGACCGCUGCCUUCUUUCACUGCCAGCUCUGGCUUGCCACUUGCACCUGCCGGCUGCAGUUAGAAGGAAGGGCAUCACUGGGACCUGCACUCUAGAGGUGGUGACAGGCUUAGUCCUGUGGGAUCCCUGUUGACUGAGCAGUGCCGUUUCGUCUGCCCAGCUUCGCAGGGGACAGUGGGUAUGCCGCCCUCUGUCGCUGCGCACGUGUGACCACUGCAAAGGCAAUGCCAGAUCUCCAGAACUUGGCAUCUGUGAGCUGUGGUGGCAGUGACUGCUCUACCUUGUCAUGGGGAGGGAAGUCUCCACUAAUGGAGCAUUGCACUGCUCUUCCUUCACUGCCAGCACAUCGGUGCACAAACAGUGGGGUAGCACGUGCACUUGGCAACGGCCAUGUUGUGCUGAGAAUGGUAGAGGCAUCAGCUCCCACCACCCGAUCACCUCUGUGCAAAUGGCAGUGCCUGUUCCCCAAUUGAACUUCCGAGUGUGUUUUCGUACUCCGUGGCGCUGGUUAAUAAAGCAGUGCAUGCAUGUGUGUUGUCCCUUCCUCUCGUUUGCUCACAAUCAUGUCAAUGCCUCCAUCGUGCUUUUAUUCCCCUGUUUUUUUUUUUUUAACUGGUGCUGUUACCUUCCCAUGUCUUCUCCCUCUGAUUUGUCAUUGGUGCUCUGUUUUGCUGUCAGGUGUUUGCCGAUCAAAAGUGCGCUUUGUUGUUGGCAGCAUGCAGUUUUAAUGUUUGGGUUGUAUCGUUCCCAGUCUCAUUCUCACUUAAGGUUGUGCGGGAGAGUAGUAGUGUUGAAAUGUUCUUUUGACGUUGACAUUCCUUUGGGGCUUCCCUCUUUUCCUUAUGUCCAGCUUUGUUGCUUGCAGUUGUCAGGUGGACUAAUAUAAACUAUUGUUGCAUCCUACGUGUGAGCAUAUGUGUG